GAAUUAGUCAAAAUCCCAAUUUUUGGGAUUUUUUCGGAAAUGCAGUUCCGAAGUCUGGAAAAAUUUAGAAAAAAAAAAUAUUUCGGAAAUGCAUUUUCGAAGCGGGUUAAAAUGGGGUUUUCGCUGGGGGUGACCCCCAUAGGGAGGUGGGUAAAGAAAAAAUCUAUAUUUAUAUAUAUGUUUCUUGCUGUUUAAAAAAAAAAUUUAUAUAAACAUAUUUAUGAUUUUAAGUUAAAUAUUAAAUGAUUAGUUUACAGAUUAAUUUUUUUUAAUCAAAAAAUUAUUUAAUUAAAUUAUUAAGUAAAUAUGAUAUUUUCAAAUUUUAGGAUUUAGUUGAUAUGUUUAAAUUUUAUUAACUUGGUAUUUUAAUUUUAAUUUUUUAUUUUUGGCGAUCUAUACCAUCACAAAACUUGAGGCAUAACUAAUUGAUGUUUUUCAAGUUAAUACUUUUUGGAGAUUUAGAUCAUCACAAAAUCGUAACGAUUAAAGCCGACAGUAAUGACUAAAUUAUUUUAAAAAUAAUUUGUACCGACGUUGACACCACUCUAGAUUUUCAAAAAUAUAUAUAAAAUGUUAAAAAUAAACAUAAAAACUAAUUUUAAUUUUAAAGAUAAUAUAUAUUUAUUCUAAAAAUGAAAAUAAUAGAUCGAAUAUAGAGAAAAUAAUAGUAGAAAAAAUAUAACAGAAUGAUAGUAAAGAGAAAAUAUAAAGAAAAAUUUAAAUAGAAUAUAUGAAUAAAAAAUGAAAGCAGAAAGGGUAAAAAGAAAAUUACAGAAAAUAGAUAUAAACAAAUUACAAAAAGGAUGAAGUGAAAUAUAUUUUAUGUAUAAACUUUAUUAUAUUUUAUAAUAUAAAUUUAAAAUAAAAAAAUGUUAAAUGUUUAUUAAUUAAUUUUGGCGGUCAAAAUCUUAACUAAUAUGCAUCCGCCUAAGUUUUUACAAAGUUUUUGCAAGAAUCUUUUUACAAUCACAAAUAGUUAAUUUAGAAUUUGAUUAUAAUUAGUUUAAAAAAUGAGUUUAUUUAUAAACAUACCUUUCCUUGAACAACUUGCUCAUCAACCAAAAAAUUAAUCACAUUUUUUUGGUAUAUUUCUUUAUAUAAAUGUAGAGACAUAUAAACACACUAAUAAGUAGCCUCAACAUUAAAAAUCCCUAGACUCUAUACAGAAUUUCUUUGCAUACCUCUAUACAAAAUUUCUAUGCAAGCCAAUCUGCAGCUUCUUUGAGAAAGUUCUAUAAACAAAUAUGAUCAUCAUCUCUAUCAUAACCUUUAUUCUUUUUUAAUGGAGAUAGAUCAAGAACCACAACCACAAAGUUCAGAUAACACAAACAUAAACAUGACUCAACAACCUCAAGAUCCAAGAAUCAAAGACUACAGAUGGUGGUUUCGUGUAAUCCUAUACAUAAUUUUCCUCUUAGCAGGCCAAUCUUUCUCCCUUCUUUUAGAAAGACUAUACUAUGACAAAGGUGGUAAUAGCAAAUGGAUGAUCUCAUUUGUUCAAUCAUGUGGAUUCCCCUUACUCCUCCCACUCAUUUGUUACUUCAAAUCAAAAGAAAAUUUCAAGAACAUAUUCAACAUCAAUGAUAACAAUUCCUCCAUAAUCAAACCAAGAAAUUUCACCAUCUAUCUAGGGUUUGGCAUACUUUUAGAAGGAGUGUUCUUGAUGUAUUCCUAUGGACUUCAAUAUCUUCCUCUUUCAACUUUUUCUCUUAUAUGUUCAACCGAACUAGGGUUCAAUGCAUUAUUCUCUUUCUUCCUAAAUUCUCAAAAGUUUACAGCAUUGAUAUUCAAUUCUGUGUUUCUUCUUACUAUAUCAACUUCGUUGCUCGCCGUUGAUUCGAUUUCCGAAGACUCAAUGGAUAUUCAUAGAGAAAACUACAUACUUGGUUUCAUCUUCACUCUUUGUGCAUGUGCUACUUUUUCUCUAUAUCUUGCUCUAGUUCAAUUUUGUUUUGAGAAAGUUAUAAAAAGAGAAACCUUUGAUGCUAUCUUGGACAUGCAAUUCUAUCCUUCCCUCAUUGCUACUUGUGCUUGUGUGGUGGGAUUGUUUGUGAGUGGAGAAUGGAAAAUUUUGGACAAGGAGAUGAAGGAGUUUGAUAAUGGAAAAAUGUCAUAUGUAGUGACUUUGGUUUGUUGUGCUGUGACAUGGCAAGUAUGUUACAUUGGAAUGUUGGGGUUGGUUUUUGAGGUAUCUUCAUUGUUUGCAAAUAUUAUAGGUUCUUUGGUGUUACCCUUGGUUUCAACUCUUGCUGUUUUGUUCUUUCAUGAUGAGAUUGAUGGAGUUAAAUCUAUGGCCUUGAUAUUGGCAAUAUGGGGAUUUCUUUCAUAUAUUUAUCAAAAUUAUUUAGAUGAUAAAAAGGCUAAGGAAGUUAAGAGACUUUGUCUUGGGGUUUCAAAGGGUGAGGUAGAAAUCUCUUUUGAAAUGAGUUGAUAGAAGGAGGAUAAUAAAAUGUAAUGUUGUUGUUGUUGUAGUUGUUGCAUCUUUAUUGAUACUAUAGCAAGAUAUUAGUACAUUUCUAUGGA